CAAUGAUUGCUCCCGUCAAAGAAGGAAAAGAUUUGUUUACUAGGAUUAAAUCUGCUGCUGGGAAAGUAUCUGGUGCCAUGGUGUUUAUUCGGUCAAGAGUUGAAAGCAAAUCAGCUGAGGUUAAAAAGUCUAUGGAAACUUACCAGGGAGAAGUGAUGAAGACUCUCCAAGAGUUAGAGACCAUCCGCAGUCAAAUUGUGAGUCAGAACAAAGGCAAGAAAGAAGGGUCUUUGACAUGCACACCAGCACAACAAAUGCAGAUUAAGCAGACAAUCACCAAGUGGGAACAAGUCACUACCCAAUCCGUUGAGACUGCAACUCAAACCCAGACGUCUUCAACAUCUUCCACCGGCAAGAUGGUGGCAAACUAA